CUUCCCUGCCGCGAACCUUUCCCUCCACAACAACAACUUUCUUCCAUCACGCAACCUCAAUCUUCAUCCACAAUCCACUCAUCAAUCAUCAGUCAAGCCAUUCGCAAGAACUCAACCAAACUUCAUCAUCACGAUCAUCAUGGCUGCUGCUGAGAACAAGACCAAGAUCGACGUUCCUGUCCUCACUGAGCGGGAGCUCGAGAUUAUCGUCGGCGCGAUUCGCUGCAUGGAGGGCGGCCUCCCUAAGGUAAGCCGUAUCCUCUCAAGUUUGUUUCUACAGCUCUGCCCCGAACUACUCAACCCUCCUCUCGUUUCACUUUCCCGCGAUGCUUUCUGUUUUGCACGAUCCCUUGCUGCCUCUUGGCCCCAAGAGGACAGCCUCGCCCCCUUCAACCUCACACGAUGCGUCAAACUGCGACGACCAGACCCCACUUGGCACAGCAUCCACACGGAGGCUGACACCUUUGUCACAAACAGCCCGACCUGCAGAAGUUCGCCGACAUGGUCGGCUUCAAGAACACCAACUCUGCCUCUGUCUCCCUGAACACGGUCAAGAAGAAGAUCAUGGGCGACGCCGCCCCGGUGAGGACCCCCAAGAAGCCGACCCCUGCGUCUGCCAAGCGCAAGAAGAACAUCCCGAAGGACGACGACGAGGAUGACCUCGAUGAGACGCCUAGCAAGAAGCAGAAGCCCACUCCAAAGAAGGGCGGCAAGAAGGGUUCUUGUAUCAAGGUCGAGUCCCCCCAGGAUGACAAGGACGACUCUGCCGCCUUUGUCUGACUCGCCGACUCUGCCACACGGCUUCUUUCGCAGCUAUCGUUGGACUGAGGGGUGAUUUGCGUGGUUCGGUUUGGCUCACGGCUGCUUUGAAUGGACUGAGCAGCCGCGUUUGGCACUCUGCACGUCUUGGGUUCCAUAGCACAUCAGGGAAGUCUGCACAUGUGCACAAUCGACACGGCUUGAGUGAUAAGUCGGUCUGAUAGGGAUCAAUCAAUUGAAUCGAAUCGGGAACACGGCCCGAUUUCUUCCG